AUGCCGACCGCAACAGAGCGCAUUCACGCCCUGAACCCCUUCUCCAAGAAGGAGUCUCAUACCGCCACCUCCAUCACCACCUACAAGGUUUUGACUAUUUUGAGUUGGCUCUUGUCUUUCGUCGUAACUCUCUACUAUGUCACCAAUGAACCCCACGAUGGCUUCACGAUCCGGAGAAGAAUUUGGGACCAAAACUACCUCUAUCGCACUGCCUUCACCUUGAGUGAGAACAUUACCGACAUCUACUGGAUCGUUCUUUUUAUCCUCCAAAUCGGGUAUGUCGGACACCUAUUCUCGAGCAACAGCGACUAUGUCAACGCCGCCGCCAGCGUCGGAUCGCACUUCAUCUUCAACAACCUCCUGCACUUUGCUUUUGUCAUGUUGUUCGUGCGCUCCUACUUCGGCUGGGCUGAGUUCAUCUUGAUUAUCAACUUCGCCAAUCUGUCGUCGCUCUACUUCCGCCACAACACGUACCCGCGCUUCAUCCACUGGCCCGUCGUUUCCGCUCCUCUGGCAUGGACGUUUGUGGCCAUCUACUGGAACGGCGCCAUCAUGGUCCCCCAUCCCCACAACCUCGUUGCUCGCAUCUUCGGCAAUAUCUUCAUCUGGUCCAUUCUGGUCUACGGAGGCUUCUUCAUUGUUGCCUACAAGGAUUACACCAUGGGAUUCUCCCUCAGCGUUCUGUCCGCUGCUCUUGGCGUUGCACAAUUCGGCCGCCAGAUCAUUGCCUUCCAGUGGAUCUUUGCUUUCACCAUUAUGUCUGUCCUGUUUGUCUCGACUCUCGUGAUUGCCUACCCGGCCGCGACUGGCAAAGACUACCCCUGGAGAAGUCGAUCCGGCCCUGCCGACUCGGAGCGUGCCCCCCUUCUCGCCGACGACCAGUAA